ACUUUCGGUUUCAUUUCCUAAAUUUCAGCCUCCCAACCCAAUCCCUACCAGGAUAAUACCCAUAAAACACUCACUAGGACACAGCAUACGCACGCAAGAAAGCAGCAAGAACAGAUCUACUUCAUAAAUAAGGUGUAACGAUGGCUAACAUUAAAACAUUAAAUGAAAUUGGACACCUCAACUCGUCUGGCUUUGGUAGGCCUUGGCCCAGGCAUGGGCUUUACCUGCUCCACUGGUUCUCCCAUAACUACGUCAUAUUCGACAACAAUGGUGACCUGCUGGCGCUGUACAACCCCAAAAGGAAGGAGUUCGGUUUCCAUCACUUCGAUAACCGACUCGAGUGUGACGGUAACUGUUAUCAAUUGCUCCCCAACCAGAACUUUCCAUACUAUGAGGUGGGCAACCUGAAUACCCCAGGGGCAGGUGACCUGCCACCAUACGUUAGGCAGAACUACAAAGGAUACCAUGAUGACAGCAAUAUGGACCGUAUCAUCAUCAGUCUUCACCCAGGCUUGGUAUUGGAUAAAGUCUAUGUGACCCAACACGAGGAUGUGAGGACUUUUGAUCGCCAGAACACCUAUCGGAUCAGUAAGGGUUUGGUCAGGCUCAUCCGUAAUCUGGAACUGGAAGAGCUGCUAAGGCAAGCUGGGUACCCCAGUACCAUUAUGUUUGUCAAAGCAGUCAAGCGGCAAGAGACUCCAGCUCGAAGCCACACCACCGUUUAUCAACCAGCUGUCAGCCAAACUGACUGGGUCAACAACAAGAGGCCCUCUGUUGUGAGUCCCAGGCCAACACCAUCAAGGGAGUCUGUGAUUGACAUGCCACAUGACUUAAUGCUUUGUGAGAGCAAAAUAAAUCAUGUGUCUGUCAGUAUCCCCGAGAGCAGAGACUCCCAUAAGCCUCGGCGGGAGAGGCGAUGCUGUGUCAUUCUGUAGACUGGGCCAAAGAGAGUCAAAAGGGUUCAUCUUACAGGACGAAUCGGGAAAUAAUUGUGGACAACAUUUAUUACAGUGCUCCUAUAAGUAGGUUUACAGUGCAACACUAUUGUAAGUACUCAUUAUUGUUACACUGUACCUACAGCAGUGACCCUAACCCUAAGUCACUUUUUAAACAAUUAUUUAGAAUAAAGUUAAUUUUUAUUUUUUUAUUUCAACAUACAAUCACUUCUUUAUAUGUGUAGAUUUCUGAAAGAUUAUAAUCAACCUCUAUACUUCUAGAGAAAACUACAAUACAGCCCAAUGGCAGCCCAGUUACCAGGUUUGGAACAGAAUACAGAACCUGGUCCAGGUUUGGAACAGAAUACAGAACCUGGUCCAGGUUUGGAACAGAAUACAGAACCUGGUCCAGGUUUGGAACAGAAUACAGAACCUGGUCCAGGUUUGGAACAGAAUACAGAACUGCAGAUUGCCCUUUAAUAAUCGUAAUUAUCUUUCACUAAUGCAACUGUACAUAAUUGAUUUUCUGUAAAACCAAGGCCAAUAGUUAAUCAUUUCCCACAGUGUUGUAACAGCUCUGUUCUAAUUGGUUAAGCAGCUUCUUGUUUAGAUUCAACUGACUACGGGCUCUAUUCAAUUCGUAUUGCGGAUGUUCAGCAUUACUGCGUGAUAGAAAUAUUAAGGCAAAUUUCAGUGGCGACAGCGCCUGCUGUACCACCAGAGACUCUGGGUUCGCACCCAGGCUCUGUGGUAACGUCGUCCGGGUUAGGGAGGGUUUGGCCGGUAGGGAGAUCCUUGUCUCAUCGCGCACCAGUGACUCCUGUGGCGGGCCGGGCACAGUGCGCGCUAACCAAGGUUGCCAGGUGCACGGUGUUUCCUCCGACACAUUGGUGUGGCUGGCUUCCGGGUUGGAUGGCGCUGUGUUAAGAAGCAGUGCGGCUUGGUUGGGUUGUGUAUCGGAGGACGCAUGACUUUCAACCUUCGUCUCUCCCGAGCCCGUACGGGAGUUGUAGCGAUGAGACAAGAUAGUAGCUACUAAACAAUUGGAUACCACGAAAUUGGGGAGAAAAGGGGGUCAAAUUAAAUUUUAAUUCAGUGGCGACUUCGCAGUCACGGUAAACGCUGCAUAUGUCGUCUCAAUGGGAAAUUACCUUUACAUUUCUGUCUCGCAAUCUGUAACGUUUCAGCGACACAGACGGAGUACAGUACAUUGUUUGUACAGUACAAAGUAUGACCAUCUUUAACCACAAACCGAUACCACACCUUAUAGUUAAAACGUUUGUGAAAGUAGAAAGAGAUGAGUAAAGUGGUUUUACAAGCGGGUAUCUGGUAUAAACUGGUAUAAACUGUCAAAGUAGACUCAUUAUGAAGCGUUCAUUCAGAAUGUGAAUUUGUUAUAAAUCAUAAACUGUUGAUAAAAGGGAAUAAGUCAACAUUUGUGCAUUAGCAAUCAAAGAAAGCAUACAUUAAAUCAACCCAUCUAUUUCCCACUCUUUAUUCUCUAUUCGCUUUAAGAUUGCACUGAGAUUGACCAAUCAGAAUAUACUGUAGUUCAUUGAAUAUGCUUGUGUUAUAGUUCCCAGGUGUGGGAUGCUAUUGGCAGAUAUAUACCCCUAGAACAGGAUUAAUGAAGAGAAAGAGAGAAGUAGCUUCUUUAACUUGGUUUCUGUUCCAAUGCAUUUAUUAAAGUUUCUCAUAUUCCAAA